GCGUCGCCGUCGAGGAGUUUUCCAGGUGAAGCCCUUGAACUUCAUCUCUAUCUCAAGAUUCUAAAAUUCCUCCCAUCGAUCUGUUCCGAACCCUAAAACUCUCCUCACCCAUUCUGUAUUUGUUGCUAAUUCAUCUGCGUCAGCCUCAACUGUAUCCUGAUGAUCGGCUUCACUCUUCGUUAAUCGACUAGAGAAAUUGAAGCAGGUAUUGGGCAUGGAGAAGAGGCAUCCCCCUGAAUUUCGUUCCGUGUUUCAUGUUCUCUGUACUCUGAUUCUUCUUUUAUUCAUCUUAAACCGAGAUGACGUUAUCGGAAACCCUAUUCUCCGCAAAAGCAGUAGUUUUAUCUCCCCUAGGCCGCUUCCGAAACCCUCCCCUAUUUUCCACCGCCAUCUCUUCGAGCUUUCAUUGAAUUAUUCUUCUUCGUCGAGGGAAAUCCCACGGAAUGAUCUGGAGAAUCCAAAGGACGCUUGCUCCGGGAUAGCCCAGCACGAGGGCGCUCGGUGCGAUUUUCUAAAGUUGCACCCCCACUGUGGUUCCGGUGGGUUCAUCGAUUACAUCACCUUCUUUUACUGCGAUUGUGAGGAAGUUCAAAUCUUGGGGUAUGCCGUUCUUGUUUUGUGGCUUCUCGCUCUAUUUUAUCUAUUGGGCAACACAGCUGCAGAUUACUUUUGUUGCAGCCUUGCCAAACUCUCCGCUUUAUUGAAGCUUCCACCUACUCUUGCUGGUGUGACCUUGCUUCCGCUUGGAAAUGGGGCUCCUGAUGUUUUUGCCAGCAUUGCGGCCUUUGUGGGAACUGGAGCUGGAGAGGUUGGUCUUAACAGCGUGCUUGGUGGUGCAGUCUUUGUUACUUGCGUAGUUGUUGGGAUUAUUUCUGUAAUUACUGCUGGAAAGAAUGUCCACAUUGACCGUAAAUGUUUCUUAAGAGAUGUUGGAUUUUUCUUAUCAGUCUUGUCAGCCUUGUCAUUGACCUUAAUUGUUGGGAAGAUAAGUGUGUGGGGAGCAAUCUUGUUUGUUUUCAUCUACGUGGUUUAUGCUUUUGUGGUUACAGCAAAUGAGAUUCUGACAAAGCAUACAAGGAAGUUGAAGUUGAAUGUUGCAACUCCGCUGCUUCCUGUUGCAGGGCGUUUCUUUGCGAACGAGGAGGAUGAAUCUGUUCAUAGAUCUCUGCUUGAUGAUGAAUUAGAUAAUGGCGUGCCCCAGUUGCAUAAUAACUUGCCUCAGUGGAUGUGGGCUUCUAAUGUGGCAAUAUACUCAAACUGUGUGCAUAAGGGCGGGUCAACUAACAAUUCUAAUCCUUUAUGGGGUUGGAAUGAAGAAGAUGGUGAACGAGAUAUUGUGUUUUCCUGUAGUAAACUCUUUUUAAUUUUUGAGGUUCCACUUUCACUUCCAAGGAGACUGACAAUUCCAAUCGUUGAGGAGGAAAGGUGGUCUAAAAAGUAUGCAGUUGCUAGUGCAACAUUGGCACCUUUGCUUGUGGCAUUUUUGUGGAGUUCUAGAGAUCCCGGGGGUUCCCAAUUGACUUUUGCUGCUUUUAUGUUCAGUGGCGUUGUAGGCAUUGCUUUAGGGAUUUCUGCUUUCAUAUUCACCAAUAAUGAAUGUCCACCACAAAGGUUCUUAUUUCCAUGGGUUUUUGGAGGCUUUGUGAUGAGUAUUGUUUGGUUUUAUAUAGUCGCCAAUGAGCUGGUCGCUCUUUUUCUGGAUUUGGGUGUGAUCUUGGGUAUCAACCCUUCGAUUCUUGGAUUAACAGUAAUGGCAUGGGGUAAUUCCAUGGGUGAUUUGAUGUCAAAUAUUACUUUAGCUUUGAGAGGUGGCGAUGGUGUGCAAAUUGCAUUCUCUGGUUGCUAUGCAGGGCCCAUGUUCAAUAUUCUUGCUGGUCUCGGUAUAUCCAUGCUGCUUGGAGCCUGCUCGGUUGCCCCUUCGUCAUAUGUUCUUCCAGUAGACAGUUCAUUGAUUUGUACAAUGGGUUUUCUAAUGGCUGGGCUUACCUGGGCUUUGUUUAUCUUACCAAGAAAUGACAUGCAACCUAGCAAGUUGUUAGGGUCUGGCCUGAUUAUACUCUAUGUUAUAUUCCUUUUUCUUAGAAUCAGUGGUGCUACAGGUGCUGUAUCAUUUUCUGGCUUACAUUGAGUUUUUUUUCUCUUGUAUAAAAAGGCCAUAACUUUCCUGAAAAAACUUGUAGAUUUUGUAUUCUUUAUCUGAAGUUAUUGUAUGAUAAGAUGUUUCAAUAGAAAGGAAUGAUUGGGUUCUUCGUUUCCUUGAUUGUAUUAUCUCUUUAAUUGAAGUUGCACUUGGUGUAACUCAGUAU